GACGAGUUCUCAUGCCAGAGAUAUGGGUGGCUUUUAUUACUAACUUGAAUUCAGUUCACUAACCUUCCUGUCCCCACUUUCAUACAACAUUCGUAUGUUAUGACUGAAGUCACAGGAACUGUCGAUUUCCGAGUCGGAAAAGAGACUUACAAGACCUGGUACAAGGUCGUCGGAGACCUAGGAUCCGGCAUUCGACCUCUUGUCACUCUUCACGGCGGCCCAGGCAUGUCUCACGUAUACAUGCAGUCGCACGCAGAGAUUUUCACGAGAUAUACUAUUCCCGUUGUUUUCUACGAUCAGUUAGGCACUGGGAGGUCUACGCAUAUCACUGACAAGGGCGCCGAUUUCUGGACGCCAGAGCUGUUCAUCAAUGAGCUCGAUAACCUCCUUGCGCACCUUGGAAUCAAAGAUGAUUUUGACCUUUUGGGCCAUUCUUGGGGAGGGAUGUUGGCAGCUGACUACGCAUCGGCGCAGCAACGCCCAGGUCUUCGCCGCCUCGUCAUCGCUAAUGCUGCCCCAUCACUUAAGCUCUGGGAACAGAGUAUGCAUCAUUGGCUGAACAAAUUUCCGGAGGAUUUCAGAGAGAUGUUGAGAAGGCACGAGAGGGACGGGACGACCUCAUCAGAGGAGUAUCAACGAGGAAUGAAGGAGUUCUAUAACAAGCACACGUGCCAAGUGAUCCCUUGGCCGGCAGAGCUUGAUCAAUCUUUUGCGGAUAUGGAUGAAAAUCCCACUGUGUAUACUACAAUGUUCGGAACUUCCGAGUUCAACCUCACGGGGUCGAUGAUCACUUGGGAUGUUACCGAUCGCCUUGACAGAAUUUCUUGUCCGACGCUCGUUUGCAAUGGUCAUGAGGAGGGUGCACAGGAUUUCGUGGUUGAGCCUUUCAUCGAGAAGAUACCCAAGGUCAAAUGGGUGAAGUUCAAGAAGACUCACAUUCCGUUCUACGAAGAUAAAGAUUACUAUUUCAAGACUAUCGGCGCAUUUUUGAUACCAACCUGAGUCAAGUAUGGUUUCUGUCUCCUGUGUACAUCAUUUAGUGUCGCCCCGAACGUCACUGAGAGGUGUCUGAUCUUCACGCUGAAGUCGCAGUACAGCCAAAGAAGUUCGUCCG